AUGGCCCACUCCAGUCAACCUUCUUCCCACAGCAUUCUGUACCAAAGUGGGAGAGCCGGGCUGCCCGGCGCCGGUCCGGCUGAGUCGGGCACCGCUCCGGACAGCCCCAGCCGGGGUCCUCCGCCGCCGGGGGCGGGGCCUGCUGCGAGGAGGGGCGGGGCGGCUGCGGGAGGCUCCGCCCGUCCCGUGGCGGGGCGUUCCGCUGCUCAGCGCCCCGAGCCGCUGAGUCACUCCCGGCCGCGCCCAGAGCUCCGUGGCAGGGCCGGGCCGGGGAGCCGCCGGGGACUCGCGCAGCCGGCCUCGCCCGCCGGGAAGGGGGAGCCGCGGCUGGUCUGCCGGCCGCUGGGGAGGCGCCUCUCGCCCGGCCCCAUGCCCCGGCGGCGGGCGGUGCGGGCGCUGGCGCGGCUGUGCCUGGAGAACGUGGCGGCCCACAUGGGCGGCCUGUGGGCCAAGGACUACGCCGAGCGGCGCCUGGACGAGCUGCGCUUCCGCUUCGUGAUGGGGCCCUUCGAGGAGCUGGCCGGCUCCCUGAUCCAGGAACUGAUCCAGCUGUUGGGAGAGAGCCACCGGCUGACUCGAGUCAUGCUGCACUUGCUGCUUGUGCCACACCUGACGGAGCUCAGCCUGCGUGCUUGUCCGAAGUUGGCCAGUGCUGCUAUUGCACAGAUGAUCUCCGUGCGCUGCAAGAACCUGUCCUUACUAGAUCUUCAGGGCUGCAGUCGGAUUCCUUCGGACACCCUGGUUGACCUGCUGGAAGGUUUGCCAUGCCUCACAAAGCUGGGCCUGUCGGAAACCCAGUGCGACACUCGGGUCUUGUCGGCUGUGGCUUGCUCCUGCAGCCGCCUUCGUGAGCUGGCCGCCUCGAACUGCAGCAGGCUGUCUCCAGCGUCCCUCCUGCACCUGGCCUACAGUCCCACCUCAGGCACUCUCUGCUGCCCGAUGCUGCAGGUGCUGUCAGUGGACGGACUGGAGCCGGCUGGUCACAGCCAGGACUUGGUCUUGUCCCUGGCCUUUGUGCUGCUGGCGCUGCCCAGCCUGAGAUUCUUGUCCCAUCACCUGGUCUCCAAGGCACUCUCUCUGAUCCACAGCCAGCAGAUGGGCGGUGCUGAGAUCGCCCCAGGAUUUCCCUCCCUGGCAGAGCUGGCGCAGGGCAGGAGGACUUGCCAGGCCGCCCCAGAGCACUGCAGGAUCCUGCUGCCCCUCAAGCGACUAGCCGAGGUGGAUGAGCCCCUGUUGCCUGCUGUCUCUGCAGUGUGUCCAGACUUGGUAGAGGUGACCGUGCUUCUCGGCGAGAGCCCUGGCUUGGGCCGCUGGUUGCGGUCGUGGGAGACACUCACUCACUUGACUCUCAACUGCGUAGGAAGCAGGAGCCUGGGGGAGUUUGUGCCAGCAAUGGCGGGGGGGCUUGGAGCUCAGCUCCAGUCCCUCUCGCUCGGCUACUGCUUCUUUGACGAUGAGCUGUCUUUCCAUGCCCUGCUGAGCCAUUGUCCGAAUCUCCGGACAUUUAGCGCCUCCCUCAUACCUGCAAUGGCAUGGGAGAGCGAUGACGGGCAACCAGCUCACGAGGCCUGGCAGCAGGCCUCCACCCUUAGGCCUCAGGAAUUCCCGGAGCUUCGGGCUUUCAGCCUGAUCUUUGCCCCCAACGAUCGCCUCUUGUCUUCCCAAAAGGCAGUCGUGUUGAGCUCAAGCAUCGUGUCCCUGCUCAGGCAUUCCCCCCUCCUGGAAACGUUGGAUUUGGUCUGCCUGCCUUUCUCCUUGGACGAGGUGUUUGAGAGGGUGCUGGAGCCCCCUGGCGCAGCCUUGAGGCAUCUCCGGCAGCUCUCCCUCAGCCAAAGCGAAGUUUCUCCUCGCACCGUCCGCCAGCUGCUUUCCUCAGACAAUCAGCUGCAUCUCCUCAACCUGGGUGGCUGCCCAGGCAUCCACCGGAGGCACUACUGCAAGCUGCUCCGGGUGGUCAGUCAGGAGGGGCUGGAGCUGGACAUCACGUGGGACUGAGAAGCCUGUCCUUUUCACCUUCAGGGAGGCAGGCAGCCGGUCUUAAUAAAGCUGGGUUGAUACAGCAAAAGUGUCUCUUCUCCCUCGAGGCAUGGAGCUCCUCACAAGCACAGGACUAGUAAUCAAGUGUAUUGGGCCGGAGAGCAAGUUUUGCAAGUUGAGCUGGCUUCUCAGUUUGAGUAGAAUCCAGCAUGGAUUGAGCAAGAAUAAAUCCUGCCAGAUUAAUCAUAGGUUCUGAUCGGGUGGUGAGCCCAGCGUGUCAAGAAACUGACUAUCCCUGGUUUGGUUCUUGGCCUGUUCAAACAUUGGUUUAGGCUUUGGAGCCUAGUUAGAAGCCAAGGCUGCCUCCUUUAGAGAAGCACAGUCAGGAAGACACUGCAAGGGUGUGAGAGGGGACCAGUCCCGGGUGCAAGAUCCAAGGGCUUCGAGGCCAGAGCCCUGAAGGGAGUUUUUGCACCCGCGUACCAUCUCAUUAACGCCUGGGGGGGUGGGGGGGAGUGAUUUGCUCCGCCUGGGUAGACGUGCCAGCGGCAGCAGCAUGUUGUCAUGGUUGAGGCCUUGGCUGGUCAGGCCACACUACGAGCAGGGAGCCGUAAGGCUUGAGCCUUAGUUUGCGCUGCGUCCUUCCUAAAGGUCAGAUCCCGUCCAGGGAUUUGGCCUUUGUCCUGUAUAAUAGUAAUAACAUUUAUAUACCCCCCCUUUCAGGACAACUUAAUGCCCGCUCAGAGCGGUUUACAAAGUAUGCCAUUAUUAUCCCCACAACAAAACACCCUGUGAGGCGGGUGGGGCUGAGAGAGCUCCAAGAGAGCUGUGACUGACCCAAGGUCACCCAGCUGGCUACAAGCGGAGGAGGAGCGGGGAAUCAAACCCAGCUCUCCAGAUUAGAGUCCCGCACUCCUAACCGCUACACCAAACUGGCUAUUCGAGAUACUAUUCUCGUUGGGAGAGUUGCUGAGAUACACCAAUUUGCCUUUGCUCUUUGGACUUUAAGCUUGAGCUGAAAGGUAGAAUUUGGUUUAUCGCUGAAAGCCUUUACUAUAAUUACUUGAUAAGUUAUUUGGCUUAUUAUUUUCUUCUGUUUUUCAAACUUCCGUAAUUUGUAUUUUCUUGCACUUUUAAUAAACUUUACAUCUUUGUAGAAUUA